CGUCCCGCCCCUCCUUCCUGGAGCCUCCUCUGAGGCUGAGGCGGCCCGGCGGCCGGGAGGGGGGCGGCUAGUGGCCGGAGCGACACGCGCCCGCCGCGACCCUAUGCAGUGACUCGUGCGGCGCAGGCGCCUCCUGCCCCGCCGGCGGGGCCCGGGCUUCCCGCGGCGGGAUGUUCUCCCGAAGGAGCCACGGGGAUGUGAAAAAGUCCACGCAGAAGGUGCUGGACCCCAAGAAGGACGUGCUGACCCGCCUGAAGCACCUGCGGGCGCUACUGGAUAAUGUGGAUGCAAGCGAUCUUAAGCAGUUUUUUGAGACCAACUACUCUCAGAUAUAUUUCAUCUUCUAUGAAAAUUUUAUAACACUGGAAAAUAGUUUGAAGUUAAAAGGGAAUAAUAAGUCACAAAGGGAGGAGCUGGACUCCAUCCUCUUUCUUUUUGAAAAAAUACUGCAGUUUCUACCUGAACGAAUUUUCUUUCGAUGGCAUUACCAGAGUAUAGGCUCAACUUUAAAGAAGCUUCUACACACUGGAAACUCUAUUAAGAUAAGAUGUGAAGGAAUCAGACUGUUUCUUUUGUGGCUUCAAGCACUUCAGACAAACUGUGCAGAAGAGCAGGUGCUGAUUUUCGCUUGCCUGGUGCCUGGUUUCCCAGCGGUCCUGUCAUCCAGGGGCCCCUGCACACUGGAGACACUCAUCAACCCUAGCCCUAGUGUAGUUGAUGCAAAAAUAUACCCAGAAGAAAUCACCCCACUUCUGCCAGCCGUAUCAGGGGAGAAGAUUGCUGAGGACCAAACCUGCUUUUUUCUUCAAAUACUGUUGAAAUAUAUGGUUAUUCAGGCUGCAAGUUUGGAAUGGAAGAAUAAGGAGAAUCAAGAUACUGGUUUUAAAUUUCUUUUUACAUUGUUUCGAAAGUAUUAUCUUCCUCAUUUGUUUCCAUCAUUUACUAAGUUAACCAAUGUCUACAAACCUGUACUUGAAAUUCCCCAUUUGAGACCAAAGCCAAUAUAUGUUACUGUAACUCGAGAUAAUGAAACAACUUACAGUACAAAAAUUCCAUACAUGGCAGCGCGUGUUGUUUUCAUUAAAUGGAUUGUAACUUUCUUUUUGGAAAAAAAAUAUCUAACUGCAACACAAAACACUAAAAAUGGAGGUGAUGUAUUGCCUAAAAUCAUCCAGACUGGUGGUGGUGGUGCAGCCCAAGAAAAGGUGCCCGAGCUGGAUGGUGCUGGGUCCACAGAGCAGGACAAAAGCCAUUCUAACAGCAGCACCUUGUCUGACCGAAGACUCAGCAACUCCAGUCUUUGUAGCAUUGAAGAAGAGCAUCGAACAGUGUAUGAAAUGGUGCAGCGGAUCCUCCUGUCAACACGGGGUUAUGUGAAUUUUGUGAAUGAAGUAUUUCGACAGGCAUUUUUGUUGCCUUCCUGUGAGAUAUCUGUAACAAGAAAAGUAGUGCAAGUAUACAGGAAGUGGAUUCUCCAGAACAAACCGGUGUUCAUGGAGGAACCAGAUAAAAAGGAUGUUGCCCAGGAAGAUGCUGACAAAUUAGGACUCUCAGAGACUGACUCCAAGGAGGCCUCAUCUGAAAGUUCUGGCCACAAACGGUCAUCCAGCUGGGGACGUACCUAUUCGUUCACAAGUGCCAUGAGCAGAGGCUGUGUGACAGAGGAGGACAACACAAAUGUGAAAGCUGGGGCCCAGGCUAUGCUGCAGGUCUUUCUUACAAAUGCUGCGAAUGUCUUUUUGCUGGAGCCAUGUGCUGAGGUCCCCAUGCUCCUGAGAGAACAAGUGGAUGCUUGCAAGGCUGUGCUGAUUAUUUUUCGGCGUAUGAUAAUGGAACUCACAAUGAAUCAAAAGACAUGGGAGCAGAUGUUGCAAAUCCUUCUCAGGAUAACAGAAGCUGUCAUGCAGAAGCCAAAGGAUAAGCAUGUAAAGGACUUGUUUGCCCAGAGUUUGGCAGGGUUGCUUUUCAGGACACUUAUCGUGGCUUGGAUCCGAGCAAACCUCUGCGUGUACAUUUCUCGGGAGCUUUGGGAUGACUUUCUAGGUGUGCUGUCGUCCCUCACAGAGUGGGAGGAGCUCAUCACCGAGUGGUCCAACAUCAUGGACUCUUUGACAGCGGUGCUCGCAAGGACUGUGUACGGAGUUGAGAUGACAAACCUACCUCUAGAUAAAUUAAGUGAACAGAAGGAGAAGAAGCAGCGUGGCAAAGGUUGUGUUCUAGAUUCCCAAAAAGGGGCCGCUGUGGGUAGAUCCUUUUCUCUCAGCUGGCGUAGCCAUCCUGAUAUGACAGAGCCAAUGAGAUUCAGAAGUGCUACCACAUCUGGAGCACCAGGAGUUGAGAAGGCCAGAAAUAUUGUUCGCCAAAAAGCAACUGAAGUGGAGGAAUUCCAGCAGGCAGAGAGUACACCCACAGCCGACUCUGAUUAUCUUGUGGUGGGACAGCAGCAGGUCCCCCGGAGCAGCAGCACCUCUGACAUCACUGAGCCUUUGUGCUCAGAUUCUUCUCAAGGUCAAAAGGUAGAAAAUUCACAGAAUUUGAGCUCUUCAGAACCCAAGUCUCUUCAAGAGAGUAAGGAACAUGUGAAACGAGAACAUGAAGGAAUAACAAUCUUGGUUCGAAGGAGCAGCAGUCCUGCUGAGCUGGAUCUGAAGGAUGAUUUACAGCAGACACAAGGAAGAUGCAGGGAGAGACAGAAGAGUGAAAGUACUGGUAGCGACACAGCUUUGGGCUCCAACAAUGAGACAGAGCUACCCAUGAGCCAAUGGCAGACUUGUGAUGAGGACCCAGAACUCAACACUCCCACAGAUGCUGUGCCAGACUCUGAUGCCCGCCACUGGUUACAACUGAGUCCUGCUGAUGCUUCAAACUUAACAGACAGCAGAGAAUGUCUUGCAGACGACUGUAGUAUAAUUGCUGGGGGGAACCUCACUGGUUGGCACCCAGAUUCAGCUGCUGUGUUAUGGCGAAGAGUCUUGGGAAUCCUUGGGGAUGUGAAUAGUAUCCAGUCACCGAAGAUCCAUGCCAGGGUUUUGGGCUAUCUCUAUGAUCUGUGGUACAAGCUGGCCAAGAUACGAGACAAUCUAGCGAUAAGCCUGGACAACCAGUCGUCUCCGUCUCCCCCACUCCUGAUCCCACCACUCAGAAUGUUUGCAUCGUGGCUAUUCAAGGCUACAACUCUGCCAAAUGAAUAUAAGGAAGGCAAACUGCAAGCCUACAAACUGAUCUGCGCCAUGAUGACCAGACGCCAGGAUGUUCUGCCAAACUCGGAUUUCCUGGUGCAUUUCUACCUUGUGAUGCACCUGGGAUUAACCAGCGAGGACCAGGAUGUCUUAAACACUAUCAUAAGAAACUGUUCACCCCGCUUUUUCUCCCUGGGUUUGCCUGGUUUCUCAAUGCUGGUCGGGGACUUUAUCACUGCUGCUGCCAGGGUCCUCAGUACAGACAUGUUGGCGGCACCCCGGGCAGAAGCUCUCACUCUCCUCGGCUCCCUCGUCUGCUUCCCAAAUACCUACCAGAAGAUCCCUCUGCUGCAGUCAGUGUCAGAAGGGAGUGAGGUCGGCACAGGAACGGAAGAUGUCAAGCAUUACCUCAUAAAUAUUUUACUGAAGAAUGCUACCGAGGAACCAAAUGAAUGUGCAAGAUGCAUUGCCAUUUGCUCCCUCGGGGUCUGGAUCUGUGAAGAGCUUACACAGUGUGCCAGCCAUCCUCAGGUGAAGGAUGCCAUCAAUGUGAUAGGUGUGACUUUGAAGUUUCCUAACAAGAUCGUGGCUCAGGUAGCCUGUGAUGUUCUUCAGCUGCUGGUUUCCUACUGGGAAAAGCUUCAGAUGUUUGAAACUGCUCUACCGCGAAAAAUGGCCGAAAUCCUCGUGGCCACAAUUGCGUUUCUUUUACCAAGUGCUGAGUACUCCUCAGUGGAAACAGAUAAAAAGUUUAUUGUGUCCUUGCUCCUCUGCCUCUUGGACUGGUGCAUGGCUCUGCCUGUGAAUGCCCUUCUCCACCCUGUAUCCACGGCGGUCCUGGAGGAGCUGCACCCACCCCGGGCUCCCUUACUGGAUUAUAUUUACAGGGUUCUGCACUGCUGUGUCUGUGGCUCAAGCACAUACACACAGCAAAGUCACUACACUCUGACCUUGGCUGACUUGUCAUCCACGGAUUAUGACCCCUUCCUGCCUCUGGCAAAUGUGAGAAACUCUGAGCCAGUCCAGUACCACUCAUCAGCCGACCUGGGGAACCUGCUCACUGUGGAAGAUGAGAAGAAGAGAAGAAGUGUGGAAUUGAUCCCCCUUACUGCACGAAUGGUGAUGGCCCACCUAGUGAACCACCUAGGCCACUAUCCACUGAGCGGGGGCCCUGCCAUGCUGCACAGCCUGGUCAGUGAGAACCAUGACAAUGCCCACGUGGAAGGUGCUGAGCUAUCCUCGGAGGUGUUCAGGAGCCCAAACCUGCAGCUCUUCGUAUUUAAUGAUAGCACCCUUAUCUCCUACCUUCAGACACCUGCAGAAGGACCAGAUGGAGGGACUUCAGGGGCUUCCCUUUCAGAUGUCAGAGUCAUUGUGAGGGAUAUCUCAGGCAAGUACUCUUGGGAUGGCAAGGUUUUAUAUGGACCUCUGGAAGGCUGCUUGGCACCCAGUGGAAGGAAUCCCUCAUUUCCAGUUUCUGGCUGGCAUCAACACACGUGCGGACCUCAGAAAGAUUUGUCUCACAGUGAGGAGGGAGAUGACGCGCUUGAUAAAUUACUUGAAAACAUUGGCCAUACAAGCCCUGAAUGCCUUUUACCAUCACAACUCAAUCUAAAUGAGCCUUCCCCACCCCCAUGUGGGAUGAACUGCGACCAGGAGAAGGAAAUCAUUGAGGUCAUCCUGCGCCAGAGCGUACAGGAAGAUGAGUAUGUUCAGAGGUGUAACUCUAAUUCUGCAGUGAAGGUCACCAGCCAAAGGCAGCCCUCCCCAGUGGAGCCGCGAGGACCCUUUUAUUUCUGCAGGUUGUUGCUUGAUGACCUGGGAAUGAAUUCCUGGGACAGAAGAAAGAAUUUUCAUUUGUUGAAGAAAAAUUCAAAAUUAUUGCGAGAGCUAAAGAAUCUGGACUCACGUCAGUGCCGUGAGACACACAAAAUAGCAGUGUUUUACAUUGCUGAAGGUCAAGAAGACAAGUGUUCCAUCUUAGCCAAUGAAAGAGGAAGCCAAGCAUAUGAAGACUUUGUUGCUGGUCUUGGAUGGGAGGUGGAUCUCUCAACCCACUGUGGGUUCAUGGGUGGUCUUCAGCGCAACGGCAGCACAGGACAGACAGCCCCUUACUAUGCUACCUCAACUGUGGAAGUCAUUUUCCACGUUUCCACUCGGAUGCCAUCAGAUUCAGAUGAUUCACUCACCAAAAAGCUCCGUCACCUGGGGAAUGACGAGGUUCACAUCGUCUGGUCUGAACACUCCAGAGACUACCGCAGGGGUAUUAUCCCAACAGCCUUUGGAGACGUUUCGAUCAUUAUUUACCCAAUGAAGAAUCAUAUGUUCUUUAUCACGAUAACAAAGAAACCUGAGGUUCCGUUCUUUGGACCUCUGUUCGAUGGAGCCAUCGUGAGUGGGAAGCUGCUGCCAAGCCUUAUCUGUGCCACGUGCAUCAAUGCCAGCAGAGCGGUGAAGUGCCUCAUCCCACUCUAUCAGAGCUUCUACGAAGAGCGAGCUCUGUAUCUGGAAGCAAUAAUUCAGAACCACCGGGAAGUCAUGACAUUUGAGGAUUUCGCAGCUCAAGUCUUCUCUCCCUCUCCCAGCUACUCUCUCUGUGGAACGGAUUAAAGCACAGAGCUGUCUCAUUAUACUUGAGCAAGGGGUCUUGACCUCCAGCCUGAGUGUGAACCCCAAGAUAAUCCUCCAUGUGGAAGACACAGGCAAGAGUCCCCUGCUUUACCCAGAACCCUCAGACCCAGGCUCCCGGAAACUGCCACUGUGCCAGCACGUGCAGCAAGCCUUCCCAUUGUCGGGCCGCCAAGGUCAGAAGUGAUGUAGUUUGUGUGAAACUUUCAAACAAGGCUGUGUCCUCUUGUCCUGGAAUCUCAUAAACCCUGGACUUCAGAAGAAGAAGAGAAGAAGUUGCCAUCAGUCAGGAACAAGCCUGCUGUCAUGUGGACAAUGGAUAGUCUGGAGCCUCUAGGCAGAACACAGUAGCAAAAGGCUCGGGGCCCACAGGGAAGGGGCAGAGGGCACUUGUCUGCGUUCCCGAGUUGUUUUCUUGUCAUGUAUAUACCCAAGCUUGGUUCCCAAAAGGGCUGGCAAAACAAUUGUAUAACUGUUGGAGGGGUUUCCUCCAUAAUGAUUUUGCUAAUCCUUGUGUCAGGGCUUACAGUAUAAUUCAAACUUUUCAUCAUCAAAAUUUCAUCAUCAUGGAAACUGGCUGUCCCCAGGGUCUUUUCCCAUAGGAAGUUUUCACCUCCGUCACUGAGCCUUUCUCCACCUGGUACCUGAGAUUCACUGACUUAGAUUUUCCUGGCAACAUAGUUCUGCCAGAUCUUGACAGUGAUGUUUCACACGGAGCGAUCAGAAGUGUCCGGAAAUAUAGGCCUGUCCACAUGAGAGCACUAAGCCGAUAUCUCAACCCUGCGCAGGCCAGCUCAGCCCAGCCUAGCUUAGUUCAGCUCAGCCCUGCCCAGCUCAGAUCAGCCCAGAUCAGCCAUACCUAGCCCAGCCCAGCCCUACUCAGCCCUGCUCAGCCCAGUCCAGCCUAGCUCAACCCUGCCCAGCUCAGCCCUACCCAACCCUGCUUAGUCCUAUCCAGCCCAGCCCUGCCCAGAUCAACCCUGCCCAGCCCUGCUCAGCCCUGCCCAACCCAGAUCAGCUCUGCUCAGCCCAGUUCAGCCAAGCCCAGUCCUGCUCAGCCCUGUUCAGUCCAGCUCAGCCCAGCACCACCUACAUCAACACACAAGAUUAGUGCCUGUUCCAGCUCCAGGGCUGACCAGCACCCACAUUGUGUCCAGUGCCGCCCAAAUCUCACUGGUAGUCUUCCUCCUACCUAUUGCUCAAAAACCAAGACAGGCCUUGGAAACAAUUCUUGUCACUUAAGUUUUAGGGUAACAGAUUCCAAGCAAUAGAAUAUAUAUAUAUAUAUAUACCUAUCUGACUCCAAGGAGAGUGUCUUGUGCCUGUUAGGGAUGGAAAAGAUGAAAGGAGUUAAAUGAAUCCCAGUAUCCCAUCCCUUGCUGGACGUCUUGGACCUUAGAAUCCAGCAAGAGUCAGUUGACAGGGAAAACUUCUGUCCCUCCUCCUCACCCUCUGCCCUGGCCCUAGCCCUAUCUCUGAGCUCCACUGUUGCUCCAUUUCCUGCUCUGCCUCAAAGCAAAACACAGAAAUUGCAACAGAGGUCAUCCCUUGCUGCAUGGGCCGGCUCCAUGAGGCCGUUUCCCAGUGCAUGUGUCUAGGGUGACCCCUUCCCUCCAACAGGAAGCAGUUAUAGACUGUAGCCUGCAGGAACUCAGGCAUGGGGAAGAAAGCCCUGAUGUGGCCACCUCUCUGCCUUCCUCUGCCCUCUAUUCGUGUACAUCUCUCCUAGCCUACUUGGUCGUUCCUCUGAGUCUGCAUGUCAUCAUUGUCUGUUCUUCCAGAGAAGCCAGCCUUUCCCAUCUACUGUAGAGUUGAUUUGGUAGAGAAAGGGGCAGAGCCAGAAAGCAGGCUUAGUCUUGCAGUGAGUGAGAAUUGUGAGAGCACCCUCCAUCUGCAGGGAGCAUCCAUCCAGGUGCUUUGAAGGGAAUUCUGCAGCCUUCCAUCACAGGCCAACAGACGGAAGCACCUGGAGAGCUGCCUAAAGAUCAUAAACACAACAGGACCUUGCAAAGCAGAAGGAAACCUCUAAUCCGUAUGUGCUGUUUCCUAAGAGCCCAGGAUGCUCACUUACUGGGAGCUUAAUGGUGACAGAAGGGUAAUGAGAUGCCGUGGCAUUUCCCAUUGUGUCAGUGAUAGCUUGAUUCUCAACCCACCCACCCACCAGUGUGUGUGUGUGUGUGUGUGUGUGUGUGUGUGUGUGUGUGGGGGAGAGAGAGAGAGAGAGAGAGAGAGAGAGAGAGAGAGAGAGAGAGAGAGAGAGAGAGAGAGAGAGAGAUUUGAGCUUUCUGGUCUGGUUGUCCAGUAUUGCUCAGACUUCUAUUAUUGAUCUGUUAUUUGGCUGUUUACAAAGUGCCCAGACCUGACUCCUGCAGCAAGCACAGCAGCCCCUGCAACUCUUCCAGCAAGUAGCUUCUGCAAGAACACUUAUCUUCAGGCUGCAUAGACAGACCCCUGUUGUGGAAUUCUUGUCAUUUUGGAAGUCCUCUAUUUUCCCCCCCCAGUGGCAACAGAACCCAGGGCCACAAUCCAGGCCCCAGAGGUCCUUUUUAACUCCCCCAGCGUUCUGUUUAUAAUUUUAUUUGCCUCCUCAAGCCAACACUCCCAGACUUCGAGUGAUAAAUUCAAUUGGAAUUGAAUUUGGAGGUACCAGAUAAUUUGACCUUGUUGUAACCUUAUGAUUUUUAGCAUCGCAUGUCCUGGGGAGGAACAGCAGUUUAUGUCUGUUUAUAUUUUACUUUUUUAGUUCAAGAUCCUUAGGUUGGUAAUAGCUCUGGUUAGAGACUUAGACUUGGGGAGUGUGGACUCUGGCAACCAUGUUUGGUUGGAUUUAGCAGUUCUUGUUGUUUGGGGUGGAAAACUGAAAUUAUCAAGUUUGCUGGGUUUUUUUUUUCAGUUGGAAAAGCAAAUAUUGUGUUUUCAUAAUAAAUGUGUUUUAGCAAAAUUGCUAAGGGUCACUCAUCCGGUAGCGACCCUCCAGAGAGCCACUCAUCACGUUAGUAUUAAUAGGUCAGCCAUCUGUAAUCAAAGUGGCCCUAAUUACCCCAAAAUGUUGUAAGACUCUCUGGGUUCCUGCAGGGUCUGGCCAGUGCCCUUACUUCUUGGCAUGCUGAUUGCCAGAUUUCCAUGAAGAGGGAAACUGAUGUUUAUAGUCUUGUUGAUUAGACCUUUAUGCUUUUAAAAAAUAGUGAUCCUACAAAAUUAUGACUUUUUAAAAGUAUCUAGACCUUCAGCAGACAGGAAAAAAUGGAAAUUUAGCCUGGUAAGUGACUUUUUACAGUGUCUUCAGCAGCCAAGUUUGCAGCUCUUGAGAACCCCGGGGAAUGACCCCUGACUUGGGGAUGUGGCUAGUUAGUCGGACCCUUAGCCUUAUAAAGGAGAUCACAAAGCUCCAGUGAGCCAUGCAAAUCCUGUCUUCCUGACUGUCCUCAGGUGUCACUUCCUUCUUGCCACUAACCUGUGGCAGAGGUUUGAAGGACCCUCUAAACCUUCCAGUGUGUCUUACCUGUAGCUUUGUUACUCCAUACCUACUGAAGGGGGGGUCACAUCUAAAGGAAACUCGUGCUUGUAUUUGCACGCAAUUUCUAUGUAUAUGGCAUACACAGUAAGCAAACAUGUUCUUAGUUCGGUCUACAAUGUGUAGUGUGUGUAAAUAGGGGGACAGUUGAUAGAGAGGAUAAAUUAAGUUAUAGCAUGUUGUUUGAUUGUUUUGAGGUCUCUUGUUAUUUAACUUCCCAGUGCUGCACAUUUAGGUUGUUCCGAGAUGGGGGAGACCUCCAGGUCCUCCCCACCUUGGUAGGAGUGUACAUGUGCACUAGGACACACUCCACGAAGGCAGCCAUGCUGGGAAAACACUUAGCUCCUUAGAUGGUGCCACUCAACUCCAGUCCGCUCCUUUUCUUUCUGAUUCCCUGGGACGAUUUGAUGAGCUAGAACUACAGCAUCUAGGUGCUGCAUGUUUCUGACAUUCUCAUGGUUUGUAGGAAAAUAAAAGCUUAUCCCAGCCUCUAUACAAAGUUGAUUUGCAUUUUUUA